AUGUCAUAUUAAUUUGGGGGUAGUCAAUUGUAACAAUAAAAUGUGCCUAAUGCCAAAUAUAAAACUAUGCUAUGUCGUCAUUACUAAGGUAAAAACUACAUAUUAAUAUAAAGCUACUAAAUAAUGUGCCAUUGGUAACAAAUGUUAAUUUGCUCAUGGAACUUAAGAAUAAAGAUAAAUUAAUGGUAUUCAAUAAUAUCUUAUUCUUUAUCAGAUCCAUUACCUGCUUCUGCAUUAUCAGCCAUGGCUACCGUUAUUGAAUAACCACAAAAUAAACCUCAACCUCCCAUAUUUUAAAGUAUAGCUUAAAUUAUUAAUAUUUUGUUCCUUGUAAAUACCAUGCCUAAAAUUAUUGUAAAAAUGGCUAAAAUUGUUAAUAUAUUCACGGUAUUUCUAAUCUUUAUUUUAGACUCCGAUACAAUUUAAUAGUAACCAAUACCAUUUACAUAAUAAACAUAGUUGCCCUCACCUCCUCCUUAAGUGAAGC